AGUUUCAGUCCAUGGCUGUUACCCUUUCUACUUAAAAAGUUUGACUUCCAUUGCCUUAAAGUUAUAUGUAAAUGCACAAGUCACACAUAAAACGUCGCAUGUUAAAAUGUUCUCACUGUUGCAUCAAGAUGAGUUGAUGAGCCAUUAAACUUUUCACAGUGCACAGUCAGUCAGUCAGUCAGUCAGUCAGUCAGCAGCGGGCUGUAAAAAGGCAACAUGUCGACCUCGGACUGUCUUCGGUCCGGAGUCGACUUCAUUGAAUUCUUGGGGGACAGACAAUUCAACAGCAGAAGCAAACAGGAUCUUCGGGACAUCUACAACCUGGAAUUUAAGCCCAGAGAAGGAAUAAAGGACCCCGAGUUUUCAAAGGUUCUCGAUGCUCUUGUGAAAGUCAAAAAGGUCUACUUAAAGCAGGGGCUCGUCUACAUCGACGUCAAACCAGAGGUUCGAAGGUACAGUCCCCAGUGGAGGAGGACCCGGGACCCUCAGCCUCCACACAGCCUCGGCCUCAGCCCCAAUAAGACAGGCAAGACACCUGCAGCCUCCUCUAGCCCCUCAUCCCCCCUGAACCCUGUUCUGACCACAGAGGAUAAGCUUAAGAAAAUCCUUAACAAGUUAAAGGUUAACAGGGAAGAGUUGACAGCUGACAAGGGGGGCAUCCAGAUCACUUCAGACCCUGCUGCAAGUGGAGGAAAGGUCACGUUCACUGUGGACCGUUUGGGGGAGUCUUUCACUGUCACGUUCAAAAUCCUUAACAAGGGCACAAACUGCAUCAACUUCACUUUCUACACUGCCCUGCACAAGAUCCACUGUUUCACUCUGAGGGACGAGAGGAAAGUGACUCGAGCCUGUCCAGUCUUCCUCUGUCCUGAUGAAAGUUAUGAAGUGGAUGUUCGAUACACACCUGAACACUAUGGAUAUUACCCCACCACGAUGUACUUUGAGUUCUGCCCAGAGCUUCAAAAGUCUGUACCGUUCUGCAUCGUGAGAGAUAUAGAGGCGUUUGCCAGGAGGACCCAACUGGCUGUCGAGCUGGGACCUGAGGCUCCUUACAAAGCAAUUCAAGCGGUCACAUACAAGCCUAUAGAAACUAUGGUCAUGUACCCAGUUCCCCCCGAGAGUUCUGUUGGACGGGCUCCCAAGAUGGUAGUGAAAUUAAGAGAAUACAGAUGCCCACCUUACCUUAAGGAACUGGCUAAACGAAGGAUGAAGUACACAAAGAAUCUCUCCUACGAUGCCAGGAGGAAUCUCCCAUUAGUGAACCGUCUUCUCACCUCUGGUCUAAACACGAAGACAUACUCUCGUCUAUUCCAUUGCCUGCUGCACCUGGAAGAGAUAAAGAAGGAGGUGGAUAGCAGGAAGUAUGACCUCUUCGAUCAAACCAUGACUCAAGACAAAAGCAACAAACAGCUGUUCAAACUCUGUGUUCCCGGUGUUGCUCAGAAUCGACCGUCUGUACUAAAAGGAGAUAUUAUAAUGGUGUCUAACUCUGACGACACGGUCCAGCCGAUCACCAAAUACCAAGGAAAGGUGCUCAAAAUAGAACUGGACAGCGUGACGUUGGACUUCCCUAAGAGGUUCCUGCUGAUUUUUAGAAGCGACAUGAAGUUCAACGUGGAGUUUAAGUUCAUCCGGUUGACCUUGCAGUUGCAGCAUCGUGCCGUGGACUUUGCAGACCAACAUCUCCUCAAAAAGGUGCUGUUCCCGUCUGGAGCAGCAGCAGCUGAACGCUCCCUGCCUAAACUCAGGAUGUUCAAUCGUCAGCUGGAAAACAACCCGCAGCAAUCUUCUGCAGUCCAGCACAUCGUAGCCGGGUCAUCAAAGCCUGCUCCUUACCUCGUGUUUGGACCUCCUGGAACUGGAAAGACAAUCACGCUGGUGGAAGCCAUGAAUCAGGUCAGCAAGAAGGACUCGUCAGCCCACAUCCUCGCCUGUGCCCCUUCAAACAACGCGUGUGACCUCCUCUGUGAGAGACUGAUGGUCCAUAUGGCUCAUCGUCAGGUUUACCGUCUGUACGCCAAGAACCAUGACCCCAGAACUAUCCCGGAACAACUACAGAAACACUGCAACUGGGACCCGGCUCAACAUGAUUACGUGUUUCCGGAUGAAUCUUUUCUGAUGGAAUUCAGAGUCAUAGUUACGACCAUGUUCACAGCUGGCAGACUGGUGACUACAGGAGUCCCAGUUGGCCAUUUCACUCACGUGUUCUUGGAUGAGGCAGGCCAGGCAGAAGAGCCGCAGUGCAUCAUUGCUGUUGCAGGUCUGCUUUCUGCAAAGACGGGUCAGCUGGUACUGGCAGGAGACCCCAAGCAGCUGGGGCCGAUAAUUCACUCCCGUCUGGCUCUGAAUCAUGGACUCGGAAUUUCUCUGCUCGAGAGACUGAUGACACAGAAUGAUUUAUACAAGAGUGACUCUGGACAGUUUGACCCCCGCUUCAUGACCAAACUCCUGCGAAACUACAGGUCCCAUCCUGACAUUCUGAAAAUCCCCAAUGAGAAGUUCUAUGAUAAUGAACUGCAGGUGUAUGCUGACCGUUCUGAGCGAGAGGCUUACUGCGGCUGUGAUACAUUUACCAAAAAGGGUUUCCCGGUGAUCUACCACGGGGUGAUGGGGAAAGACCAAAGAGAGGGCAACAGUCCAUCUUUCUUCAAUGAGUUUGAGAUCAACACUCUGAAGGACUACCUCCACAAACUGAUCGACACACAGGGAAAGAACGGUCUCCCUAAACUCUCUGCAAAAGACAUUGGCAUUAUCGCCCCCUACAGGAAGCAAGUGGAGAAAAUCCAAAAGGCGCUGAAGUCCGACUCAAAUCUCCGUGAGUUGGGUGAUCUCCGAGAGCUCAAGGUGGGGUGUGUGGAGGAGUUUCAGGGACAGGAGAGGAAGAUCAUCAUGGUCUCGACUGUCCGCAGCAGCAACAGCUAUGUCAAGAUGGACAAAGACUACAACAUUGGAUUUCUGGCCAAUGAUAAGAGAUUCAAUGUGGCCAUCACCAGAGCAAAGUCCCUGUUGAUAGUGGUGGGAAACCCUGUGAUCUUCAGCAAGGAACCCACCUGGAGCGGGUUCAUCGACUUCUGUGUGAAGAAUGGGGGAUACAGAGGAUGUGUCUUUAAAAAAACAGAUGGAGAGGCAAACCUUUCGGCAAAACUGUUGCGCCUGAAAAUCCAUGAAGAUUCUGAACAUCCUGUGUCAGAGGAGAGCGCCCUCGAGCAGAAAGAUGAGCUUUAAAAUCUCCAUGAAACAUCGGAUGCAAAGAACCAUUCCAGUGAAACCUUCAACACAUUGAAGUGCAUAUGAAUAUAAAGCAAGCGUCUGUAUUUCAUUUCUUCUCUUUUGGCUUUCAACACAAAAUGAGCAUCUAUGACUGAAGAAUAUUUCCUUUCAUUCACUUUUUUGAAAGCAGUUUGCACAUUUUGUUACAAAGAUUUUUUUGGUGCUCUGUUUUGAUGAUGUCAGAAUGAAUCAACAAAUAUUUCGUUGACCACUUUUCUAUUUGUCUCUGCAGUAGCUUGUUGAUAAAGCUGCAGUAAAACUCAUCAACAGGAAUAUUUCUGCACACAACCCUCAUAACUUUCUGUGUUUGAGAAUCUAAGGAGUAGUUUGUUGUUCUUCUGCAUUUGUCUUACUCCUGUUUGCUCUUAGCAAGUUCCUAUCUUUAUAGCAUUCCUUUUAGUCUGCAGUUUAAGCCUGACUGAGUAAUAAACUGUUUUCUACUCUUA